UAAUACUCAAGUAAAGUACAAGUACCUCGAGUUAAGUCCAGUACUUGAGUAAAUGUCCUCAGUUCCAGUCCACCACUAACUGAUUAAUUAACUGAAUGUGUAUCUGUUGUUUCCCUCCUGACCUCCAGGUGGUGACGUUCUUUCAUUUUAAACUUUUAAUCUGAAAAACCCUGACUGGGAGGAAACAGGAAGUCUGGUGUCUUCACUGUGAUGUGUGUCUGGCGGUGGGAUAGCUGUGUAGUUUGUUAUUAGUGAGUUUUAAGAAGACAGAGCUCCAGGUAAACCCGCACACACUCAGAAUCCAGAGUGAGUCCAGCAGCCCCAGUGGACAUCUGCUGGACUUCAGGACCAGAGAGGAAUGGAGGAGGACAACCAGAACCAGGAGCAGAGGAGCAACGAGGUCCCCAGAAGACAAGCAGCAGACUGGGACUCUGAUAGCAGCCAUGUUCAGAAACAGAGAGGAGAGGGACCCAAACAUCACCACUGUCAGCACUGUGACAAAUCCUUCACAACAUCAAAAUAUUUAAAGAUUCAUCAGAGAGUUCACACUGGAGAGAAUCUACACAGCUGUGAUCAAUGUGGGGCAGCUUUCAUACUACAGAGUUACCUAAAAAACCAUCAACGCAUUCACACUGGAGAGAAGCCUUACAGCUGUGAUCAAUGUGGGGCAGCUUUCAUAAAACAGAGUGACCUAAAAAAACAUCAACGUAUUCACACUGGAGAAAAGCCGUACAGCUGUGAUCAAUGUGGGGCAGCUUUCACACAACAGGGUAGCCUAAAAAACCAUCAACGCAUUCACACUGGAGAGAAGCCCUAUAGCUGUGAUCAAUGUGGUAAAACGUUUUCUAUGAGUGGUAACCUUAAAUCUCACCAGCGUAUUCACAAUGGAGAGAAGCCAUAUAGCUGUGAUCAUUGUGGUCAAACAUUUUCUAUGAAUGGUCACCUUAUAUCUCACCGACGUGUUCACACUGGUGAGAAGCCGUACUGGUGUGAACAAUGUGGGAAAAUAUUUUCCACGUGUGGCCAACUUAAAUCUCACCGACGUGUUCACACUGGAGAGAAGCCGUACUGGUGUGAACAAUGUGGGAAAAUGUUUUCUGAGGGAGGUAGCCUUAAAUCUCACCACCAGCGCGUUCACACUGCCUCGUAGUGAAGAUGUUUGAGAGCCAAGCUGUUUCCUCCUGCCUCCUCCUCAUGCCCUGAUAGCUGUGUUGUUAUAUUCUGAUCUUCUCUCCACAUUGAAGGCUGACCA